AUGGCCCCUAACAAUACUACGCGGCGUCCGGCGCGAUGGCCAGAUACCGUCCGAUACAUCGCUGAGCCGCAAUAUCACUCCUCCGUACCUGCCCAUAUACGCGACUUUAUACGUCCAGCGACAUCUAGGACGCACCCCUCACCGCAUACUCCUAAACCAUUGGUUAUCAUCCAGCUAAUCACUGAAACGUCUCAUCCUGCUUGGGGCCAGUACGGCCUGUUUGCAGCGAAGAAAAUACCACCACGUACCCUGAUCCUUGAUUAUAUCGGGGAGGUUCAUUGCGACGACAGGCCCGAUUCGGACUACGACCUGUCGCUAUAUCGCACCCCGGACUACAUUAGCGUCGGUAUAGACGCGCAGCAUGCAGGGAACGAGGCUAGGUUCAUCAAUGACUACCGAGGCGUCAAGGGAAAGCCCAACGCCGCCUUCCAGGAGCGAAGGACCGAUAGCGGCGAGCUACGAAUGAGCGUCUGGAGUGAGGCUGAGGCUCUCAAGAAAGGCGACGAGCUCCUUGUCUCAUACGGCAAAUCGUGGUGGAGGGAACGCCGGCACGAAGACGCGACAUGUGAUCUGCAGUCGGCUGUUGCUCCGUCGGAGCAGGAAAAGUGACACGGAAGCUGUCGUCCGAUCUGGAGAUCUGCAGGAGUGCGGUUGUCGAAGGUCGCUUAUCGCUACGGAACAAGGACCAGCGAGUCGGCGCAUAUAUCCCAAUAUCGAGCCCUGAGUGUUCCUGCAGCGUUGUGAGUUGGCCGUUCUACAUUCGGUGUAGUUUUGACGGACGGGAAGAUGCUCGCCCAGGGCUGGAGCCUUGAGGCCUGGUUUUUGGUUUAUUCCUGUUACGUACACGCUGGUGUCGCGUAGCCGAAUGAAUGCAGAAGUGCGAAG